AUGCCUGAAAACUUGACCCAAAGUAUCACCAAGACCAUGAAUCAAUAUCUGCCUGUGCGACUCACACAAUACGCACCGGACAUGGCAGCCCUGAACUAUCGCAUUCAGGCGAGUAUUCCAACUUACAAAACCGUAUCCAAGUACAUCCCCACUUACAUCGCUGAUGUUAUAAACGCAUAUACCAGUGUUCCUGCCGACCCGGAUGAAGCUUUACCGUACACGUGGCAUCCGAUCGAUGAGACAAGCAGAAAUGUAUGCACCGUGGGCCCUAACUCUGCGCUGUUCAACUGCUCCAGAGAAAAGCUAUUUGAGCAUAUGCCCACUCCCGAGUUUGCUAAGGCUGGACUGAAUCUAGAUGUUGUUUGGCUCACCCCUAUAGAGGCAUGUCUCUGGAGUUACCAAGAUUACACUGUAGCCUCAUCACCAACGUGCCUCAUUGAAUGCGGCUUACUUUACCCCAUGAGUGAUCCCUUGAGUCCCAUCUGUGGUACAGUCUAUUGCUAUGAUAAGAGAUCACAUGCACACAGCGGUGAUUGCAAGGGGUGUUCAGUAUUGGCCCAACCCCUAUCGUCCGUUGAUACUUAUAUGAUUGACGCAUAAGCCUGACAGUGCCUGAGUUCAUUGCUUGC